GAGAGAGAGAGAGAGAGAGAGAGAGCUCCUUGAGGCACAGCGAAGGUCAGGAGUGGUGAUAUGGCGCUGCCUCACUCCACACCACAUACAGAUUGCCGCCAGUUCCGUCACGCAGCAAAGUACUAGGACCUGAAAGGUGACCCAGGACCCCCUGUACUGCCCCGGGGCCUGAGGUGGCGGCUACGUGGGCACUGUGGUUCUGACGCGGGUGGAGUAGGAGCAUCCACUUCCUGCUUCUUUUCCUCUUGUAAGCGGGAAUGAAAACUGUGAAGAACAUGAAGAAAUGGUUCACUUCCCUCACGCUCCUGGGCUUCGUGCUGGCAGUGACUUUCAACUGGUCACUUCUGGUUUCCUCCAAGAAGCCGAGUGACGAAGAGGUGGCAUAUGUGGAUGACAAAGCGCGGCACUACUCAGAGACUGGGCAAGAAAGACUUCUCUCUUUGGCCCCGUCUGCCAAGGUGCACCAAGAUAUCACAUCUCUGGAUGAGGCACUGCUCAAGAUUAAGAACCUUGAGCAGCGGCUGAAGGACAUUGAGUUCAGGAUACCAAAAAAAUAUCCAGAAGUGAAUUUCCUAACAUUCAAGGACCGCAAGAGAAUCCUGGUGACGGGUGGUGCAGGGUUUGUGGGGUCACACCUGGUGGACAGACUCAUGAUGGAGGGCCAUGAGGUUAUUGUGGUGGACAACUUCUUCACUGGGAGGAAGCGCAAUGUGGAGCACUGGAUUGGCCAUGAGAACUUUGAACUGAUCCACCACGACAUUGUCAACCCACUGUACAUUGAAGUUGACCAAAUCUACCACUUGGCCAGCCCUGCCUCUCCACCACACUACAUGUACAACCCAGUCAAGACCAUCAAGACCAAUACUGUUGGCACCAUCAACAUGCUUGGCCUGGCCAAGCGUGUCGGGGCAAGAGUGUUGAUUGCCAGCACCUCAGAGGUCUACGGAGAUCCGGAGGUUCACCCACAAACUGAGUCUUACUGGGGUCAUGUUAAUCCCAUUGGUCCCCGAGCAUGUUACGAUGAGUCCAAGAGAGUGUCCGAGACUCUCGCUUACUCCUACGGCAAGCAGGAAAAUGUCGCAGUGAGGGUGGCACGCAUCUUCAACACUUAUGGUCCUCGCAUGCACAGUAAUGAUGGCAGGGUGGUGUCCAAUUUUAUCCUUCAAGCACUCACAGGCCAGGACAUCACUAUCUACGGGUCAGGCAAACAGACACGCUCGUUCCAGUAUGUGAGUGACUUAGUGGAUGGUCUCAUCAAGUUGCAGAAUUCCAACUACUCCAUGCCAGUGAACCUUGGUAAUCCUGAUGAACACACUAUCGAAGAGUUUGCCUCCAUCAUCCACGACAUGGUUGGGGGGAAGAGUCACAUCAUUCACAAGGACGCCAUGGAGGAUGACCCACAGCGACGCAAACCUGACAUCACACGGGCCAAUCAUGUCCUCGGUUGGCAGCCGCUGGUUCCCCUCCAGCAAGGGAUCAAAAAGACCGUGGAGUACUUCCGUAGGGAGCUGAUGCGGUCAAAACAUUCAGAGAGAAACUUACAUGAUCCCGUGGAGGCUGGCAACCUUAGGAAGGCACUCUCUAAUGGUGUGCUGACAGAUGUCUGAUAAGGUUACAUUGUAUAUUUGUAUGAUAGCUAAUGAGUGGGUGAGAGUGCAUGGCAUCAAGGAGCACACUAAGUUGGCUCAUCUUUCCUCUAUUUCAUUAGGGCUUUAUUGCUGUUUUUGGCUGUGGAUUGGGAGGGUCAGGUUAUGGAAUUUUAGUUUGUUUGUGAUAGUAGAUUGGUACAUUUUACCAGGUUGCAUUUCUUGUGUCUGCCUUUGCAGAUGGCUUACAUUUUAGUAUCCUAAAUAAUCAUUGACCUUUCUCUCUGGUAUGGCAUUUGAAGGAAAUAGUGAUAAGAGCUAAUGAUUUAUUUUCUUGUAACAAAACUUAACACCUGGCAGUAAAUGGAACACAUACUGAUAGAGAGAAAUGAAAGCAUAUGUUUGUGAGUGAAGGAAGGAAUGCUAGUGAGGAAUACUUGAUUACAGAGCCAUUGCUUCAUAGUGGGCAGAGGAAUGAGUACCUGGAGUUUAAGUUAGCUAUUUGGCCUGCUGUCCCAGAAACAAAACCUUAUGUGACUGGAUUGAAGAUCUCUCAGCUUUUCCUGUCUUGAAAUUUACUUUUCUUUUUUCUCAUUUUAUGAUAUUUAUUUAUUUGUGCAAUAGUACAUUUUCUUUUUUCUAUUUAUUUGUUGUUUGUGGUUGAGAGCAGGAACUAUGCACGUUUUUAGUCUCGCAUUGUAUUUAGAUACAUCGCUGAUCAAGACUCCAUUCAUCGUCAAAACAUUGCUGUUUGAGAUUUCUGCAUCACUACACAUGUUAUAAAGCUCAUAAAUUUACAGUGACCUGCUUACACCAUGGAUAAGUUUUAUGAUGCAAUAUUCAUGUGAAUUCUUUUAGUGUAUCUGGUAGCCAUUGCCAUCUUCUUGAUACAGGUAUUAUAUAAAGGGGUUCCUGAGAUCUUCCUGUUAAGGCAGCUUUAGGUGAGUUGUCUCAGGGUUUGCUAAUGAUGAUGAUGCAUUUGCAUGGGUUAUGUCCUUGGUAGAAGCUGAACACAUAACCUAGAGGGUACAAUGAUGGGGUGUUAAUUUGGGCUAAAGAUCUUGACAUAUUACUGCUUUAAUUACGGUAAGUUACAUGCUGUAUUUUGAAUCUGCUGUGCACUUAUAAUUGCUCAUAGUUAUUCAUUCCCUCAUCAAUAGGCAUCAGUUGGGGAGUUAGUCAGAAAGUGAGGCAUUUGACUAUUAAAUUAUGACCAUGACACUUGCUUCUUUUGAGUUACUGUAUGUGACUUUAUUAAGAAGUAAAAUAGCAGUUACUAAGAUUUUUAAAUACAUAAUUCACUGCUUUUGGUUUUAAUGGUAUAUUACAAAAUUAUACUUUGAGUUUGCACCUCAUUUUGUCAAGAUGCACAGAACUGUAUCACUCACCAUUUAAUAACCAGAUUUUUUCUUACAGAUUGUAUUAUUGUCACUGAGUAUUUGUUUUCAGUGUAGUUAAGGUGACAGUGUUACCAAAAUCAUUGCUGAAUAAUGAUGAAUAUGAAGUGUGUUGAUGAGGUGAACAACACUACCAUGGCAGUGUAGUGAGUACAUUGUCAACCAGGCAGCUAUAAGUGGUGGUGUUUUAACUUGUCCCACUAUAUUCAAGGUGGGAUUUUUAAGGCAAUAUAUUGGCAUGAAUUUUGGAGGAUAUUAUGAAUUGUUGUGUACAUCUGAAUAUUACUAUUUAUGUGUUGUUCUUUUUAGAUUUUAUGUCUUGUGCAUUAUGUAUGUUUGUACAGUAUAUGCAUAUUUAGAAUAUUCCUGCUAUUUAUUGGUGGGUUGUGGGAUGCAAGCAGUCAGCACACAAGUUCCUGCAGCCAAUGUCCUAAUUGGGGAGGAUUUCAUGUUUAGCUUCCAUAUAAUGCUAAGAAAUUGUUUUGUAAAGACGCCGACCCACUGAACUGUGCAGUGUUAGGCCUUUGGCAUUUAAUGGUUUUAUCACUUCAGUGUACAUAAUUAAUGCCAACAUGCAUGAUGUUGUCAUGACUGAGAGAAGCAUUUAUUGGUGGUCUUUACUUUGCUAUUUAUUACAUGCCUGUCAUAAGCUGAAAAGAGAGAAUUUAUUUGUAUUUAUAUUUUGAAUAUCUUACUAUAUUAGAGGUCAUAGGCAGGUGAAAUAGGAAGGUUACACUGUCCCUUUGUAUAUAUAUAUAUAUAUAUAUAUAUAUAUAUAUAUAUAUAUAUAUAUAUAUAUAUAUAUAUAUAUAUAUAUAUAUAUAUAUAUAUAUAUAUAUAUAUAUAUAUAUAUAUAUAUAUUACACACAUCCUUCAUAUCUUUGUGUUGAAAUAAAUAUUUACUAUG